CACUGCCCGCCACGAGCCGCGGCGCUGCGGCUCCGCGCGUCCGCCCCGCCUCUGCCGCGUGACGCACUGUCGGCAUCCGCUUCCUGUUCCUGGCGUCGUCCGGCGUCGUCCGGCGUCUCUGCGCGCGCCGGUGCGGGUCUGGGUCACGUGCCGGGGGCAGCGGGAAGGCGGCGUUCUUGUUUCCUGGGCCCCUGUCCGCCAUGUUUUCAGGCCGGUUGAGCGUCGGUGUUUCCCCGUGAGGAAAUGGCCGGGGAGUUUCGGGGAGCCCAGGCGCCGGGGCCUCGACGGAGCCCAGGCUGACCCGGAGCGGUUGUGCGCGGGGCGGGAGGCCAUGGCGUCCGGCAGUAACUGGUUGUCCGGCGUGAACGUCGUGCUGGUGAUGGCCUACGGGAGCCUGGUGUUCGUACUGCUGUUUAUUUUUGUGAAGAGGCAAAUCAUGCGCUUUGCAAUGAAAUCCCGAAGGGGACCUCAUGUCCCCGUGGGACACAACGCCCCCAAGGACUUGAGAGAGGAGAUUGACAUUCGGCUGUCCAGGGUUCAAGACAUCAAGUAUGAACCUCAGCUCCUUGCAGACGGCGAUGCGAGACUGCUCCAGCUGGAAGCCCAGGGAAAUCAGAGCUGCUACAACUACCUGUACAGGAUGAAAGCCCUGGACGCCGUCCGCGCCUCUGAGAUCCCGUUUCAUGCUGAAGGCAGGCAUCCCCGUUCCCUAAUGGGCAAGAAUUUCCGCUCCUACCUGCUAGAUCUCCGGAACACUAGUACUCCUUUUAAGGGUGUGCGCAAGGCCCUCAUCGACACCCUGCUGGAUGGCUAUGAGACGGCCCGCUAUGGGACAGGGGUCUUUGGGCAGAGUGAGUACCUGCGCUACCAGGAGGCCCUGAGUGAGCUGGCCGCCGUGGUCAAAGCACGAAGCGGGAGCUCUCAGAGACAGCACCAGUCAGCCGCCAAAGACCUAACCCAGUCUCCUGAAGUCUCCCCGACAACCAUCCAGGUGACCUACCUCCCUUCCAGUCAGAAGAGUAAACGUGCCAAGCACUUUCUUGAACUGAAGAGCUUUAAGGACAACUAUAACACACUGGAAAGUACUCUGUGACGGGCUGACGGACACUGCUCCUGCUGCUGGUGGCCUCAGCUCAUCUGGCCGGUGGGCGCCGGUCAGCCGAAGUCCCGCUUCGUCCAGAGCUCAUAGGGUUCACGCCGAGAGGAUCAUUCUCCAACCUGUUCUUACGGCCAGUUUCAGAGAAUUGGUUAGGACUUGAUUUUCCCUCGGUAGCACUUUUUUCUGGAGUUGAAUUCAGAUGUUUUAAUGUUUCCGUCAUGGCUUCCUUAAAAAUCCUCACUUGGUUUGGAUUAUAGUUUGUUCAUUGGCCUUUUUUCCCCUGUCCUCAGACUAUAAAUAGUCCUAAAUUGUAAGAGUUGGGGGAGCCGGGCCUGGCGUAUUCUAUGUCUGCCCCUUCAUACAUAGGUGGAUGGGAACCGUUUGUGUUUGAGACAUCUUCGAGUCGAUUGGUUGGAAAAGCAGACGUGAGCUGGUGGGGAGGUCUGGGGAGGCCGUGAGGUGCGCAGAACAACUUGCCUGGUGCUCCGUGGAAACCAGGCUGUGUGGAAACGUUAACCCGACCUGGUCCCCGGAAAUGCGAGGAUCGGCCUCAGGCUUUCUUUACAUGCUGUCCUGAAUAAAUGGGAAAGGGAAUGUUGGCACCUGACACGAUCCCGCCCUCCCUCAUUUAUUGGGGACGCUAUAUGGGACAGUGAAGCAAUGGUCAGACCAAUGCCCUGCUCUGACGUUAAAACUAAUAAAAUGAACAAUUGAAACACGUGA